AUGACAUUUCACCCACAUCUACGACUUCUAUACGUCAAGCCCGACGAGGACACCUCAUCGGCCGCUUCCCACGAACAUAUAGAAGAAAAGCAGAAUGUGCUAGCGUUCACUCUAGGAGCAGAAACGGGUCACUCAGGCGCUCACCAGUGCGCUGAGAAAUCCCAGCGCGCGUACUGGGUAGAGGAUCCUGAUCACUAUCAAACCGAGGGUGAUGGAGUGAAUCUCGACAGAGAAACUGGCAGGAUUGACGCUCUCAGGGGAAAUUCUCGCAAUCCCGACCAUCAUGGCUACCAAAACGCACAGGUCGAGGGAGCUACUACUGCAGCGCACCCAGAAACCCGAGCGAUAUCAUGA